GCGCCACAUAUAAUGAUUAACUUGCAUUGUAUGAAUUUGAAUCGAGUCAUUCAAUGUGUGUCUAUUUAUUUUUCGAAUAAUUUUUUCGUCCAAAAAAAAAUUAUGGCUACUGUUGAUGAUAAUGACAGCGAUUCAAAAAUGGACAAUGAAUCAAAUUCUGAAUUACAGAAUUCUGAAAUAAAAGAAGAAUCGGCUAAAAUAAUACUUCCUGAACCAUUGACAAAACUUUCACCACCAUUGAAUGUUUAUUUUCUUGAACAAAUGAAAAAUGGUUUAUCGAUCUCAAAUAUUUCGAUCAUUAAAAAUCGGCUAAUUUUUGGCCGUGCACGUGACUGUGAUAUUCCUAUGGAUCAUCCAUCAAUUUCUCGUUAUCAUGCCGCUUUAUUAUGGGCACCAAAGAAUGAUCAGGAAUUUGAAAAUGGAACAAACAAUGAAUCUUUUUGGUAUUUGAUAGACUGUGGAUCAACUCAUGGAACUAUUUGUAAUAAAAAAUCUAUUGAUCCUGGAAAAAUGAUCAAAAUAACUCCCAAUAAUAAUUUGUUUCGAUUUGGUGCUUCCACUCGUUUAUUCACAUUGGGUUCUCGUGAUGAAUAUGAUGAUUCGGACAAUUCAAAUGACGAAGUGAUACAACAACCGAAACAAAUGGUACACGAAGAUAGCGAUGCCUGUACAUGGGGAAUGUCAUUAACAGAUUGUAAUGAUGAAGAUGAAGAAACUGGCGAUAGUAUGGCCCUUAAAUCUAUUAUAGCGGCAAUGAAAGAUGGCCAAUCAUCGCUACAAUUGGCCAAUGAAAAUGUCUAUUCAGAUAAUCCAUAUAAAUGUAUUCAACAAUGGUUUGAACAUGAAGGAUAUGAUUUUGAUUACAAAAUUGAUUCGAUUCAUAAUAAAUUCAAAUGUACAUUCGAACUUCCUAUCGAUGGUCAAUGGAUCCCCGUUGAAGGUCAAUUGAUGACCAAGAAAAAAGAAGCAAUCACCGAUGCCUGUCUUCGCUGUUGUAAAUUACUCGAUCAAGCUAGUUUAUUGUUUGCAUGGCAACGAAAAGAUUCGGCUAGAGAAAAAGCUCGAAAAAAAUUCUAUGAUGAUGAUGAUGAUGAUGAUGAUCUUCUGGAUGAAACGAUCAAAUCGAAAAACAAAAAAUUGAAAAAAGAUACCGAAAAAGUAGAAAAUUAUGAUUCUCUCAAUGCUAAAUGGAAAGAAAUUAAUACCGAAUUAUGUCAGCUUAAAAUUCGUUUGGCCACCAUUGGGCUAGAACCAGGCGUCACACCAGAAAUUCCGGAAAACUUGACCGAUUCACUAGAUGUUUUCAUGAAUUCAUUAAAUCAAAAGAAAUAUGGCCUGACUAUGAAUGAAAAAAUUGAAAAAUCCAAUUUAAAGAUGAAAAUCAAACAACUUGAACAAGAACAGACAAAAAUAGAAAAACUGAUUCAACUAGCUAAACCAACUGAAAUUAUUAUGAAAAAUUUGACCACUAAAACAGAACCAAUAAUAGAACGAUCUUCUAGCUCAAAAAAUGAAGACGAAAUUAAAAUUGAAAAAAAGAAACCGGAAAAAUCGAUAACCGAAAUAUCGAAUGAAAAAUUUAUUGAAUCCUCUACGAAUCGAAUGGCAGACAACAAUGAUAAAUGUGAAACAACCAUACAACAGAAUUCUCAAUCUAUGAAUUCUAAGAAAAACUAUAAAGAAAUUCGUAAAAUUCGUCAAGAAUCAAUAAUCGAAGCUAUUAGAAAAGAGAAACGUUUAGAAAAACAACAACAACACCAACAACAGCAGCAGCAAUCGAUUGAACCGGAUGAUGAUUUUGUUGAUUGGAUUCCACUUGAUAAUCAAACUGGUGAUGGUCGUACACAUUUAAAUGAAAAAUUUGGUUAUUGAAAAUCAUCUGACAAUUAUCAUCAUUUCAUCUUAUUUUAUAUUCCCGUUUUUUGUUUCUAUCGAUAACACUGUUAAUUACGAUUUUCUCGGUUCAGAAACUAGACAAAUUGCUUCAACAAUCAAUUGGAUUGGUUCAUUAUUGCAAAGGAACAACGAUUUUUUUUGGAAGGAAUACGAGUGUCAUGUUGAUGCUGUUGUUAGUUGUACUCGUCAAGCAGCUGAAUCCAGUUUUGAGUCUCUCAAAAAAAAAAAAAAAUUUUUCUCUCUUUCUUGAUUCGAAUCCGUACUCAGUUAUUAUUACUUUAUUAUAUAUAUAAGCAACAAACAUUUUGUUUAUUAUUUUGUUGGAGAAAAAAAAACUUGACAUGUAAAAGAAAAUUUUGAAAAACAACAAUUCAAUUCAAUUCAAUUCAAUGGCCAUUGGCCAAACUGUCAUCAUUUGUAAAUUGGUGAAUUAUCGAUUUUGAAAAUUAUAAUAAAAAAAUGAACCUACACACUCA